AUGUAUGGUAAGUGGGAAGAAUCAUUCAUGAAGUUGGAUGAUUUUAGAGAAGAACUAUUAAAUAGGAAUGAAGGAAGCAUUGUGGAAAUUGACUUUGAUAUUGAUGGUGACAAGAAACGAUUCAAAAGGUUUUUUAUUUGUCUAGCAGCUUGUUCUAAAGGGUUUCUUGCUGGUUGUCGUCCUUAUAUUGCUCUUGAUGCUUGCCAUUUAAAAGGAAAGUUCACUGGUGUACUAGCUGCUGCAACGGGUAUUGACGGUAACAAUUCCAUCUUUCCAAUAGCUUAUUUUGUGCUUGAAUCAGAAUGUACACAAUCAUGGACAUGGUUUCUUGAAUCACUUAAAAAAGCAAUCAGGAUGCCAGAUGGUCUUGUGAUCUCAUCAGACAUGCAAAAAGGGUUAGAAGUAGCUGUGAUGCACAUUUAUCCUAAUGUUGAGCAUAGAGAAUGUCUACGACACUUAUAUAGCAAUUUCAAGAAACAAUUUCGUGGUGAAUUCUUCAACAAGAAACUUUGGGGUGCUGCAAAAACCUACCGUCCUACCAAGCAUGACAGAUUAUUGAAGGACAUUGCCGAUGUAAGUCAAGAUGCCAUUACAUAUCUAAAUAACAACCAUAAAAAGAUAUGGAGUAGAAGCAAGUUUGGCACAACUUCCAAGUGUGAUUACAUCACUAAUAAUAUUUCGGAAUCGUUUAAUUCUUGGAUUGGUGCGACACGUUAUCAACCUGUGCUUGAUCUACUUGAUGCAAUUAGAGAAAAGCUUAUGAAACGGUUUGACAAGAAGAGGAUGUUAGUGAAAAGAUGGAAUGACGUAUUGGUUCCUAAUGCUAAGAUUCGUCUCAAUGACAUCUUUAAGAACUUGGGUGAAUAUGAAGUAUGUAGAAGCGGUGAUAAUCAAGCUGAGGUGAAGUUCAAGGGAACGCGUUGGGAAGUCAACCUAGACAAAAGAAAAUGUGGCUGUCGAGUGUGGCAAGUUACGGGCGUUCCAUGUGUACAUGCAGCGACUUUUAUUGCUUUUACAAGGGAUGCUAAUUGGGACCAAUAUGUUGAUCAAUAUUUUAGUAUAGAGAAAUUUAAAGAAGCAUAUGCUUUCAAAAUUACUCCGAUGUCCGGAAAGGAUCAAUGGAUUAAAAAAGACGGUGAGAAAAUUUACCCACCUCUCAUGAAAAGACCGUCUGGAAGACCCAAAAAAAAUAGAAUUAAACCCUCAGAUGAGCCUAAAAGAAGGCACAAGUGUUCGCGAUGUGGUGAGUAUGGACACCGUGAAAAAACUUGCAAAAAUCCCUCAUCUCAAAGUAUCGAUCAAAGUGAAACAUCCACGUCUACAAGGAAACGUGGAACGAAAACAAAAUCUGGCGGUAGCUUGGGAGUUUCAGGGUCCAUGUGA